GGUGAAGGGCGCGCACUUACCUCGCCAUGAUUCACGCUACAGGCAUUCCCUUUUUCAACCCGCUACUCAGCAUGGGCGGUAUGCCGUUCCCUUGGGCACUUCCCACACAGGGCUCGCCACCGAGUUCACCGCCUUCGUCGCCCGUAUCCAACACGAGCGUGUGGCACCGUCCGCAGCCAGCAAGGGCAGCAUCCUUCACCAUCGACGCUAUCCUGGGCCGUCGUCAGCAGGAGGCGGAACAAGUAGGUCGAUCGCUGGCACUUCGGCGAGAAGAACGACUGACCCGACCGUCGCCCUACCCAGCUGUCAGCAGUGACCACAGUGUUAACGGCGGCGCCCACUCUACCAGUCCAUCAGGAUCAUCAGCCAAGGCGAAAGUGAAACGAGUGAGAACGAUAUUUACAGCAGAACAGCUGGAGCGACUGGAAGCGGAGUUCGCUCGUCAGCAGUACAUGGUCGGGCCCGAGCGACUGUAUCUGGCCGCGGCGCUCAACCUGACGGAGGCACAAGUCAAGGUAUGGUUCCAAAACAGGCGAAUCAAGUGGCGGAAGCAGUAUAUGGAGCAGCAACACGCCAAGCUCGCCGGAAAUCAAGACUCCUUGCUCCCUGACGGCGGCGACGAGUCUCUCACUCCUACAGAAGGCAGGACCUCGCCCUUGGGAGACUUGCCUGCCUCCCCUGCAAGUCCCGGUAGCACGGGGGAGCUUCCAGAGGAACAACAAGAACCCCAACAACAGCAGCCUCAGCCUGAACAGAGCAACAGCAUGCCAACGCUCGCCACCCAAGCUUACCCGUCGUACUUGGCGGCGACACUGACGGCGGCGUAUGCAGAACAGCAAAGUGAACCCGCCGACCUGACAACGUCCAGCGCAAGAGCCAAGUGAAGCGGGAGGUCGGGGCCUCGCCCUCACUCCUGCUACCCUCGUCUCCGUGACACAGUGAAACGUGCGGAGCUGCUGCCGGUUUUGUCACUCUCCGCCCCCUCGCUCCUGCCGCCGCCGCUGGUGGCCGACGGCGACGCUCCGACGUAGCAAACUGGGCGUCAGAUCGUGUGCAGUGAGGAUCCUCAGGACACGUGCGAGUGUGACUUUGGAAUCAAGAACUUAUGAAGGGCUUAUGGCGCCCGGUGUCCUAAAGUCUUCGCCUGGCCAGAGACGCUUAACUUAAGAAAUACCGAAGUCCUUCAGAGUGUAGUUCCAGUUAUGGUGUGAGCGUGUCUGCGGUGACGGUCAGAUUGCUGGUCGUGCCAUCGUCGUCCAGGUGAUCGUCGUACCAUCGUGUCUCGUCGCCAAGGGGUAAUGGUCGCGCUACCGUGCCUCACACCCAGGGUGAUGGUCGUAUCGCCGUGUCAUCGUCGUCCAGGGUGAUGGUCGUGCCACCGUGUCAUCGUCGUCCAGGGUGAUGGUCGUACCACCGUGUCAUUGUCGUCCAGGGUGAUGGUCGUGUCAUUGUCGUCCAGGGUGAUGGGCGUGCCACCGUGUCAUUGUCGUCCAGGGUGAAGGUCGUACCAUCGUGUCAUUGUCGUCCAGGGUGAUGGUCGUACCACCGUGUCACCGUCGUCCAGGGUGAUGGUCGUACCACCGUGUCAUCGUCGUCCAGGGUCGUCCAAGUCGACGACCAGCCAAGCAACCCCCUAGGCCCGUGUGAGGGUCAGUGAGACGAGGCCUGCUCUUAACACCUGUUAGAGAUUUAUGUUAAAUCUUCCUAUACUUUUUAAGCAUUCCAGAAUGAUGCCGAGUUCCUAUGCGUGGGUGUGCAUGUGUGUGUACAUAUGUAUGUAUUUAUGUACUUUUUCUUGAUUGUUAUGAUGUGUAUCAAAGCCUAGGUGAC